AUGGAAUUCGGAAGAUAUAUAACGAUCGGUUGUCUGCUGAUGAUCUUGGGGGUGGCGAUCUCCCAACCGUUGUCCUGGUGCGAUCCCGAAUUGUGUCCAGAUAACACGGUGCACAUAGCUUGUAAUAAUGACGGGGAGUUCCAUGAGACCUGCUCUCCGGAUGCCACCAUGGUGGACCUGAAGCCUUAUCGCAAUUUGAUCGUGGAGGAGCACAACAAGCGGAGGAACUUCAUUGCCUCUGGUUCCCUGCCUGGAUAUUAUCCGGCCACCCGCAUGGCCACCAUGGUGUGGGAUGAGGAACUGGAGUACCUGGCCACAUUGAACUUGAAAACCUGCUAUCUGGAGCACGACGACUGCCACAACAGCUACCGCUUCCGGAAUCUGGGUCAGAACCUUUGCGGAGUCGACCGCCGGCGGAACUGGCCUCUGAACGUGACCAAUCUGGUGGAGCAGUCGAUGGGCCUGUGGUUUGGGGAACACAAGCUGAUCGACAGCAGUUACAUAUCCGAUUUUAAGCUCACCAGGAAUCUUGAAAAGUAUGGACACUUUGUGGAGACCGUGCUGGACCGUAACACCCAUGUGGGCUGUGCCAUGAUGCGCUUCACCAAUCCCCAGUACCCCUUCCUCUACAUCUACAACACCGCCUGCAACUACGCCAGUGUCUAUGCCAUUGGAGUUCCGGUCUAUAAUGCCGGAGAACCCGCCUCCGAGUGCCGAACGGGCAGCAAUCCGGAGUACCCCGCUCUCUGCUCCAUCAGGGAGGAGUACAAUCCCAACCACAAUCUGUACUAG